CUCCAUCCCACAGCCAUGUCCUGCUUCGAUCUGUGCCGUCCCUGUGGCCCGACCCCGCUGGCCAACAGCUGCAACGAGCCCUGUGUGCGCCAGUGCCAGGACUCCCGCGUGGUGAUCCAGCCCUCUGCAGUCUUGGUCACCCUGCCCGGACCCAUCCUCAGCUCCUUCCCCCAGAACACCGCUGUGGGCUCCAGCACCUCCGCUGCCGUGGGCAGCAUCUUGAGUGAGGAGGGAGUGCCCAUCUCCUCCGGUGGCUUUGGCAUCUCUGGCCUGGGCAGCCGCUUCUCUGGCAGUAGGUACCUGCCCUGCUAA